AAUAUGUCACAAAAAAUGUACGUUAUAUUUCAAGGUUAUAUUAAAUAAUUUUGAGUGAAUCGGCGAUAAAGAAAUAACCCUAAUUUGGAAAUUUAAUAUAAUACAAAAAAUUAUACGAAGAUCAUAAUUAUCAUCGUUAUUUAUCAAGAUGUGUGGAAUACUUGCAGUUCUUGGUUGUUCUGAUGAUUCUCAAGCUAAAAGGAGCCAUGUUCUUGAGCUUUCUCGGAGAUUGAAGCAUCGUGGUCCUGAUUGGAGUGGGAUCUAUCAACAUGGAGAUUGUUAUUUGUCUCACCAACGCCUUGCUAUUAUUGACCCUGGUUCUGGUGAUCAGCCUCUUUACAACGAAAACAAAACUAUUGUUGUAACAGUUAAUGGUGAAAUUUAUAAUCAUGAGGAACUAAGAAAGCGUCUUCCAAAUCACAAGUUUCGAACAAAGAGUGAUUGUAAUGUCAUUGCACAUUUGUAUGAGGAGCAUGGAGAAAACUUCAUCAACAUGUUAGAUGGAGUGUUCUCAUUCGUAUUGUUGGACACACGAGACAAGAGUUUUAUUGUAGCUCGUGAUGCUAUUGGCAUUACCUCCCUUUAUAUUGGUUGGGGCCUUGAUGGUUCAGUUUGGAUCUCAUCAGAGCUGAAAGGCUUGCAUAAUGAUUGCGAACAUUUUGAAUCCUUUCCUCCUGGUCAUGUGUACUCAAGCAGAGCUGGUAGUUUUCGUCGUUGGUAUACACCUCCUUGGUUUUCUGAGGCUAUUCCUUCCACUCCAUACAAUCCUGUAAUCCUAAGACGAGCUUUUGAAAAUGCUGUUACUAAGAGGCUAAUGACUGACGUUCCCUUUGGAGUGCUUCUAUCCGGAGGCUUAGAUUCGUCGUUGGUUGCCUCGGUUGCUUCACGUCACUUGGCUGGCACGAAGGCUGCUAGGCAGUGGGGAUCACAACUACACUCCUUUUGUGUUGGUCUUGAGGGUUCGCCGGAUUUGGUGGCGGCUCGAGAGGUUGCUGAUUAUUUGGGUACCGUCCAUCAUGAAUUUCACUUCAGUGUUCAGGAUGGUAUUGAUGCUAUUGAUGAUGUUAUAUAUCACAUUGAGACUUAUGAUGUCACAACUAUUAGAGCUAGCACACCUAUGUUCCUAAUGUCACGCAAGAUCAAGUCACUUGGGGUUAAAAUGGUACUAUCAGGAGAAGGGGCGGAUGAAAUUUUCGGUGGGUACCACUACUUCCACAAGGCACCUAACAAGGAAGCGUUUCACCAAGAAACAUGCCACAAGAUAAAAGCCCUCCACUUGUAUGACUGCUUAAGAGCCAACAAGGCAACCUCUGCUUGGGGUCUUGAGGCCCGAGUUCCCUUCCUUGAUAAAGAAUUCAUUAAUGUUGCCAUGUCUAUUGAUCCCGAGUGGAAAAUGAUCAAACCCGAAGAAAAACGCAUGGAGAAAUGGAUUCUUAGGAAAGCUUUUGAUGACGAGAAACAACCUUACUUGCCAAAACACAUUUUGUAUAGGCAAAAAGAGCAAUUUAGUGAUGGUGUUGGAUAUAGUUGGAUUGAUGGACUUAAGGUACAUGCUGAACAACAUGUGACAGAUAAGAUAAUGCAUAAUGCUCAGUACAUUUUCACAUAUAAUACUCCAACUAUAAAAGAAGCGUAUUACUAUCGGAUGAUUUUUGAAAAGUUUUUCCCACAGAAUUCUGCUACGUUGACGGUUCCUGGAGGCCCUAGUGUAGCGUGUAGCACAGCCAAGGCCGUUGAGUGGGACCAAGCUUGGUCUAACAACCUUGAUCCCUCUGGUAGGGCUGCUCUUGGUGUUCACAACUCUGCUUAUGAGCGACAACCUAUUGACUCAAAGGCUACCAUUCCAGCUAAAUUUAUUGAUGACAUGCCUCGGAUGAUUGGAGUUCCUACCCCCGAGCUUGCCAUUAAGAGUUGAUUAAUGGAUGGCUUAAUCAUAUUCAUAAUGUUACCAUCCAAUAUAUAUUUGGAAUAUGGUUUUCAGUCCUAUCUUUCAUGUGUUGUACAAAGUGUAAAAUGAAUGUGAUCUAGGUAUCAUAUGUUUGUGUUUUAAUUACGUAAAAGUAAUAAUAAAGACUAUCUGAUGUCAAUUUGCA